AUGAAUAAACACGUUGAAGGUGUGUCGAGGCUUGACCCCUCACUGGCCAAUCAGAAUGUGCUCCAUGACCCCUCACUGGCCAAUCAGAAUGUGCUCCAUGACCCCUUACUGGCCAAUCAGAAUGUGCUCCAUGGCCCCUUACUGGCCAAUCAGAAUGUGCUCCAUGACCCCUUACUGGCCAAUCAGAAUGUGCUCCAUGGCCCCUUACUGGCCAAUCAGAAUGUGUUCCAUGACCCCUCACUGGCCAAUCAGAAUGUGCUCCAUGACCCCUCACUGGCCAAUCAGAAUGUGCUCCAUGGCCCCUUAUUGGCCAAUCAGAAUGUGUUCCAUGGCCCCUUACUGGCCAAUCAGAAUGUGCUCCAUGGCCCCUCACUGGCCAAUCAGAAUAAUGUGUUCCAUGGCCCCUUACUGGCCAAUCAGAAUGUGCUCCAUGACCCCUCACUGGCCAAUCAGAAUGUGCUCCAUGGCCCCUUACUGGCCAAUCAGAAUGUGCUCCAUGACCCCUCACUGGCCAAUCAGAAUGUGCUCCAUGACCACAAUUGGAUUCCCUAUGGGUCCUAUGAGCACUAUGAGCCAUAUGGUUCCUAUGAACACUAUGAUCACUAUGGGUCCUAUGAGCACUAUGAGCCAUAUGGUUCCUAUGAACACUAUGAUCACUAUGGGUCCUAUGAGCACUAUGAGCCCUAUGAGCGCUAUGGGUCUUAUGAGAACUAUGAGCACUAUGGGUCAUAUGGGUCCUAUGAGCACUAUGAGAACUAUGAGCACUAUGAGCACUAUAAGAACUAUGAGCACUAUGUGUCCUUUGGGCCCAAUGAGCACGAUGGGUCCUAUGAGCACUAUGGGUCCUAUGAGCACUAUGAGCACUAUGAGCAUUAUGGGUCCUAUGAGAACUAUGAGCACUAUAAGCACUAUGAGCACUAUGUGUCCUGUGAGCCCAAUGAGCACGAUGGGUCCUAUGAGCACUAUGGGUCCUAUGAGCACUAUGAGCACUAUGACCACUAUGAGCACUAUGGGUCCUAUGAGCACUAUGGGUCCUAUGAGCACUAUGGGUCCUAUGUGCACUAUGGGUCCUAUGUGCACUAUGGGUCCUAUGAGAACUAUGAACACUAUGAGCACUAUGAGCACUAUAAGUACUAUGAGCACUAUGAGCAUUAUGAGCACUAUGAGCACUAUAAGAACUAUGAGCACUAUGUGUCCUGUGAGCCCAAUGAGCACGAUGGGUCCUAUGAGCACUAUGGUUCCUAUGAGCACUAUGAGCACUGUGAGCAUUAUGAGCACUAUGAGCACUAUUGGACCUAUGAGCUCUAUGAGCAUUAUGAGCACUAUGGGUCCUAUGAGCACUAUGUGUCCUGUGAGCCCAAUGAGCACGAUGGGUCCUAUGAGCACUAUGAGAACUAUGAGCACUAUGAGCACUAUAAGAACUAUGAGCACUAUGUGUCCUUUGGGCCCAAUGAGCACGAUGGGUCCUAUGAGCACUAUGGGUCCUAUGAGCACUAUGAGCACUAUGAGCAUUAUGAGCACUAUGAUCAAUAUGGGUCCUAUGAGAACUAUGAACACUAUGAGCACUAUGGGUCCUAUGAGAACUAUGAGCACUAUAAGCACUAUGAGCACUAUGUGUCCUGUGAGCCCAAUGAGCACGAUGGGUCCUAUGAGCACUAUGGGUCCUAUGAGCACUAUGAGCACUAUGACCACUAUGAGCACUAUGGGUCCUAUGAGCACUAUGGGUCCUAUGUGCACUAUGGGUCCUAUGUGCACUAUGGGUCCUAUGUGCACUAUGGGUCCUAUGAGAACUAUGAACACUAUGAGCACUAUGAGCACUAUAAGUACUAUGAGCACUAUGAGCAUUAUGAGCACUAUGAGCACUAUAAGAUCUAUGAGCACUAUGAGCAUUAUGAGCACUAUGAGCACUAUAAGAUCUAUGAGCACUAUAAGUACUAUGAGCACUAUGAGCAUUAUGAGCACUAUGAGCACUAUAAGAUCUAUGAGCACUAUGUGUCCUGUGAGCCCAAUGAGCACGAUGGGUCCUAUGAGCACUAUGGGUCCUAUGAGCACUAUGAGCACUAUGAGCAUUGUGAGCACUAUGAGCACUAUAAGUACUAUGAGCACUAUGUGUCCUGUGAGCCCAAUGAGCACGAUGGGUCCUAUGAGCACUAUGGUUCCUAUGAGCACUAUGAGCACUGUGAGCAUUAUGAUCACUAUAAGCACUAUUGGACCUAUGAGCUCUAUGAGCAUUAUGAGCACUAUGGGUCCUAUGAGCACUAUGACCACUAUGAGCACUAUGGGUCCUAUGAGCACCAUGGGUCCUAUGAGCACUAUGGGUCCUACAUGCACUAUGGGUCCUAUGUGCACUAUGGGUCCUAUGAGCACUAUGAGCACUAUAAACAAUAUGGACAUUAUGAAUCCUAUGAUCCCUAUGAGCACUAUGAGCACUAUGGGUCCUAUGAGCACUAUGGGUCCUAUGUGCACUAUGGGUCCUAUGUGCACUAUGGGUCCUAUGAGAACUAUGAACACUAUGAGCACUAUGAGCACUAUAAGUACUAUGAACACUAUGAGCAUUAUGAGCACUAUGAGCACUAUAAGAACUAUGAGCACUAUGUGUCCUGUGAGCCCAAUGAGCACGAUGGGUCCUAUGAGCACUAUGGGUCCUAUGAGCACUAUGAGCACUAUGAGCAUUGUGAGCACUAUGAGCACUAUAAGUACUAUGAGCACUAUGUGUCCUGUGAUCCCAAUGAGCACGAUGGGUCCUAUGAGCACUAUGGUUCCUAUGAGCACUAUGAGCACUGUGAGCAUUAUGAUCACUAUGAGCAUUAUUGGACCUAUGAGCUCUAUGAGCAUUAUGAGCACUAUGGGUCCUAUGAGCACUAUGACCACUAUGAGCACUAUGAGCACUAUGAGCACUAUGAGCACCAUGGGUCCUAUGAGCACUAUGGGUCCUACGUGCACUAUGGGUCCUACGUGCACUAUGGGUCCUAUGUGCACUAUGGGUCCUAUGAGCACUAUAAACAAUAUGGACAUUAUGAAUCCUAUGAUCCCUAUGAGCACUAUGAGCACUAUGGGUCCUAUGAGCACUAUGGGUACUAUGGGUCCUAUGUGCACUAUGGGUCCUAUGAGAACUAUGAACACUAUGAGCACUAUGAGCACUAUGAGCCCUGUGAGCCCAAUGGGUCCUAUGAGCACUAUGAGCAUUGUGAGCACUAUGAGCACUAUGUGUCCUGUGAGCCCAAUGAGCACUAUGGUUCCUAUGAGCACUAUGAGCACUAUUGGACCUAUGAGCUCUAUGAGCAUUAUGGGUCCUAUGAGCACCAUGGGUCCUAUGAGCACUAUGGGUCCUACGUGCACUAUGGGUCCUAUGAGCACUAUGAGCACUAUAAACAAUAUGGACAUUAUGAACACUAUGAGCACUAUGAGCACUAUGAGCACUAUGAGCACUAUGAGCACUAUGAGCACUAUGAGCACUAUGAGCACUAUGAGCACUAUGAGCACUAUGAGCACUAUGUGUCCUGUGAGCCCAAUGAGCACGAUGGGUCCUAUGAGCACUAUGAACACCAUGAGCAUUAUGAGCAUUAUGAGCAUUAUGAGCACUAUGAGCACUAUGAGCACUAUUGGCUACCCUGCGGGUCCUAUGUGCACUAUGGGUCCUAUGUGCACUAUGGGUCCUAUGAGCACUAUGGGUCCUAUGUGCACUAUGGGUCCUAUGUGCACUAUGGGUCCUAUGAGCACUAUGAGCACUAUAAACACUAUGAACAUUAUGAAUCCUAUGAUCCCUAUGAGCACUAUAAACACUAUGAACAUUAUGAAUCCUAUGAUCCCUAUGAGCACUAUAAGCCCUAUGAGCACAAUGAGCACAACGAGAACAAUGAGCACUAUGGGUCCUAUGAGCCCUAUGAACACUCUGAGCACUUUGAGCACUAUGACCCUAUGGGCCCGGGCCAUAAGUAG